UUGACCAACAGCCCAGAAGUGUCUGUGAGCUCAGAUACACAAACCCAGUCAAAGACAAUGUGGGAAUCCCAGGGAUCAGCAACUGGAGAACAUGGUCCAGGUUUGACCACCACCCCAGCAGAGACUGCGAGGUCAGGUAGAGAUUCCCAGUCAGGCACAACUCGGGAAACCCACAGAUCAGCGACGGGAGUGUCUGGUCCAGGUUUGACCACCAGCCGAGCUGGGUCUGCAGGCUCACAUACAGAUGCCCAGUCAGAUAGAACUCGGUUACCCCAGGGAUCAGUGAGUGGAGUACUAAGUCCAGGUUUGACCACCAGCCGAGCUGGGUCUGCGGGUUCAGGUACAGAUUCGCAGUCACAUACCACUCGGUUACCCCAGCGAUCAGUGAGUGGAGUACUAAGUCCAGGUUUGACACACACAGUUGCUGGGUCUGUGUCUUCUGGUGCCGAUUCCCAGUCGGACACAACUCGGAAAGCCCAGGGAUCGGUGACAGGAAAGCCUGGUCUGGGUUUGACCACCACCUCUGCGUGGCCUGCGCUCUCAGAUACACAUUCCCGGACAAACACAACCCAGAAAGACCAGGGAUCUGCGUUGGGAGAACCUAGUGUGGGCUUGACCAAAAACCCAGUGGGGUCUGCGGGUUCAGGCACAGUUUCCCAGUCGGACAGGACGAGGGAACCCCAGGGAUCAAGGACAGGAGACCCCCGUUCAGUGUUGACCACCAGCCAAGCCGGGUCUUGGAUUUCAGCUGCAGAUCCCCAGUCGGACACAACUUGGGAACUCCAGGGAUCAGUGAUGGGAGAACGUGAUGCGGGCUUGACUGCCACCCCCACAGUGUCGGCAAACUCAGGUACAGAUUCUGUGUCGGACACAAAUCGGAGGGCCCACGGAACAGCGACCAAAGAACAUCAUCUGGAUUUGACCAACAGCCCAGAAGGUGUACAUAGCCAGUCAGACACAUCGCAGGAAGCCCAGCGAUCAGUGAUGGGAGAGCCUGGUCUGGGUUUGACCACCACCCUAGCAGGGUCUACGAACUCAGGUACGGAUCCCCAGUCAGCCUCAGUGAUGGGAGAACAUGAACGGGGUUUGACCAUCACCCCAGCCGGAUCUGUGAGGUCAGGUGCAGACUCUCAGUCGGACACAGCUCAGGAAGCGCAGGAAUCAGCAGCAGGAGAAUCUGGUCUGGGUUUGACUUCCAUCAUAUCAAGGCCUUCAAGUUCAGAUACAGAUUCCCAGUCGGACACAACUGUGGAAGUCCACGGAUCAAUGACAGGAGGAACUGGUGUGAGUUUGACUGCCAGCCCAGCAGGGUCUUCGAGCUCAAGUACACAUUCCUGGUUGGAUACAACUUGGGAACCCCAGGGAGCAACGACGGGAGAGCCUGGUCCGGAUUUGACCACCACCCCAGCGAGGUCCGCGAGCUCAGACCUGAAGGUUUCCACAACGGAUCAGCUCAAUGAAUCAUCUACAGGACAACCCACCCCAUCACCGUCCUCUGUCUCAGCAGGAGACAGAUCCACAGGUCCCCAGUCGGACACAACUCAGGAACCCCAGGGAUCUGUGACAGGAGGACCUGGUCCGGGUUUGUCCACCACCCCAGCAGGGUCUGCAAGCUCAGUCACAGACUUCACACUCGGUGAUCCGUGUGUAACCCACACCGUCCUGGAUCAGACCUGGAGGAGCACGAAUUGUUCCCUCAAUGAGUGUACCGGUGGACAAUGGAUGGGUGAUGGAAAUCUUGAAGUGGGAUGGUACAGAUUUAACAGUUCUGGAGGAUGGAAGAUUCCCGAGACGGUCGUUCCACAGGGUCGCUGCUCCGGGGAGACCCCAGGCUGGUUAAAUGGUCCCCAUCCCAACGUGGGAGAGGGGGAGGUGACCAGGACCGUCUGCUUCACUGUGGGUGAAGACUCCUGUUACCAGAGCCGGGAGAUCAAUGUGAAGAACUGCUCUGGUUACUUUGUGUAUCGGCUGAAGCCGACACCCAGGCCACGUGCUGUGUACUGUACAGAUUUCCAUUCUGACACAACUUGGAAACCCCUGGGAACACCGACCAGAGAACCUGGUUUGGGUUUGAACACAACCACAGCAGGGUCUUCAAGCUCACGAACAGAUCCCCAUUCAGACACAACUCAGGAACCCCACGGAUCAAUGACAGAUUCCCAGUCAGACACAACUCGGGAACCCCAGGGAUCAGCGACUGGAGACCCUGGUUCAGAUUCCCAGUCGGACACAACUCAGGAACCCCAGGGAUCUGCGACUGGAGGACCUGGUCCUGGUUUGUCCACCACCCCAGCAGGGUCUGCAAGCUCAGAUUCUGGGACUUCCACAGGGAAACUGUCUGAAGGGUCAUCCACUGGAUAUUUUUCCCAAGAAACAUCUUCUGUCCCAGCAGGAGACACAACUUCAGGUAGUUCCACAGGGAAACAGACCGAUGGAUCAGUGUCUGGAGAACACACCCAGAAAUCAUCCUCUGUCCCAGCAGGAGACACGAGCCCAGGUCCUGGGUCUUCCACAGGGAAACAGUCUGACGAGUCAUCCACUGGAGAUUUUUCCCAGGAAACUUCUUCAGUCCCAGCUCGAGAUACAGCCUCAGGUAGUCCCACAGGGAAACAGACCAAUGGAUCAGAGUCUGGAGAACACACCCAGAAAUUAUCCUCUGUCCCAGCAGGAGACACGAGCCCAGAUCCUGGGACUUCCACAGAGAAACAGUCUGAAGGGUCGUCCACUGGAGAAUUUCCCCAGGAAUCAUCUUCUGUCCCAGCAGGAGACACAACCUCAGAUCCGCCGAAUUCCAAAGGGACCAGCCAGAAGCCGUCCUCUGGCCCAGAGGGAGAGACAUGCUCAGUGAAGGGGCUCCCGUCAAAGGACGAGUGUGAGAAGAUGAUCAACAGUGCCCAAGUGUUGAUCCUUGGGCAGAACAACCUGAGAAACUCCAAGGAGCAAGAGGCCUACCUCCGUCAGGUGCGUCAGAUGCUGAUGGAACAGCUCCCCUGCAAGCACGUCCUGUCCAACAGUAAACACGACAAUGAGGGAGGGAAGUGAGGAGGAAGGUGUCAGAUUGUGGUCUUCCAGCGUAUCACAGGAUGAUGGAUGGUGGUGAUGUGUGUGAGGGGUGGACUGGGGCACGAGGAAAUCUAAAUGUUGGUAAAAUAUCUGCAUUAGCAUGUAUCUAGUUGUUCUUCUGUCAUCUCUGUAGCUUAUUAACAAACAAGUUACGCUUCUGUUAGUUACCGAUUUGAAUUAUUUCUCAAUUCAAUGUAAUAAUGGCUUUAAUCCAAGUAAUGAAAGACACAUUAGUGUUCCUGUAAUGUGGCUCCGAUUAUUUCUGUAUUUCUUAUGCAUCCAAUGAUAUUGUGUUACUGGAGGAUGUACCACUGUUUUACUUCUACACUGAUCAGUUAUUAAAAUUAAUACAAUAAAGAUACAACA